GUAGAACUGUACUACACCUAAAAGGAAGUAGCCUAGUUUGAAUAUUGUGAUAAUAGAAGUGUCCUUUACAGUAUUAGAGUAUAGCUCACGUACAAAACCAUCAACGUGAUGCCAGCCCAGCCCUCAGUCAAUGAACCAGAGGAAGAGAUGGAGGUGGAGGGAGACAGUGAACUACCAGAAGCCAAUGGAGAGAUGGGGGAAAAGAGGGAGAGAGAGGGAGGAGAGGGGGAGGAAGAGACCAUGGAUGAGAGCACGGGGGAGAGGGAGAGCGACUUGGACGAGAGCGAGGAGGAGAGUUCAGAGAUGGAUGAUGAGGACUGUGAGAGGAGGAGAGGAGAGUGUCUUGAUAAGAUGUCAGAUCUGGAGAAACAAUUCCUGGAACUCAAAGACAAGUUGUUCUGCGAGCGGUUGAACCAGGUUAAGGUGAAGCUAGAUGAGGUGUUGACUGGUAAAGCAGGAGAAUACAGAGAACCACUGGCAACACUACAACACAACAUGAUGCUAGGCACCCAGGUGGCAGGUGUGUACAGAGACCUGUGUCUGCAGAUGGUCAAACACAAGUAUGAGUGUGAUCUACAGGGAGCUCGACAACAUCUGGAGAGCGAGAGAAACCUGUUGUUCGAUGCUAUGAAGACAGAACUGCAGGACAAGAUCAGACGGCCGGAGGAGGAUAGUCAGAGGGGCGACCUCACCUCAGAGUGGUGGAGUGAUGGGGUAAAGGGGAAGAAGUGUAAAAGGAGGAGUUUGUCUGGUCCAGAGAAGAAGAAGAAAGCCCUAGUGUCUGGCCCGUUCAUCGUCUACAUGUUGAGAGACAUUGAUAUCCUGGAAGACUGGGCAGCUAUACAAAAGCUUCACCUGGAAUGCUUUUCCAACAGUCUGGAAGGACCUCCCCCUGUUUUUCUUCCACUCUGCGGGCCAACUCAUCCCAAAACAUAUGUCUGUCUUUCAGGCUAAAGCAGCACUGAUGCCAUUCAAGAAAAAAACUGACAAGCGGUGAUAACAGAGGAGUGUCGCAGACGUCUAGACAAACCAAAGUCUCUGCGCUGCAGAAGAGAAACCACAACAACAGAACAGCCUUGAACACAGGCCAGUUUGAGACUUUUAGAUAAUACAAAGCACUUCAGUAGGGUCCUGUUCAGUAGUCACACUUUAAUAACCACAACUGGUUAGACCCAGAUCUCAAUAUACCUUUCAACAGUUUGCGGUCACUUAGAAAUGUAUUUAUAAUUCAAAUGUCCAUUAAAAAGUAGGGGACAGAAAAGAGAGCCAAAUGUAUUUAUAAUUCAAAUGUCCAUUAGAAAGUAGGGGACAGAAAAGAGAGCCAAAUGUAUUUAUAAUUCAAAUGUCCAUUAAAAAGUAGGGGACAGAAAAGAGAGCCAAAUGUAUUUAUCGCAGUUGAGCCUAUUUGUAACGCUUUACUUGGACAUUUUAAUGGAUAUUUGAAUUAUAAAUAUAUUUCAACAACUUAGGUAGCUUUAUGACAUUCUUACGGCAGGUCUAUGACAGGUCUAUGACAGGUCUAUGACAGGUAUAUAGCAGGUCUAUGGCAGGUCUAUGUCAGGUCUAUGGCAUGGCAGGUCUAUGACAGGUCUAUGUCAGGUCUAUGGCAUGGCAGGUCUAUGACAGGUCUAUGCCAGGUCUAUGGCAUGGCAGGUCUAUGACAGGUCUAUGUCAGGUCUAUGGCAUGGCAGGUCUAUGACAGGUCUAUGCCAGGUCUAUGGCAGGUCUAUGUCAGGUCUAUGUCAGGUCUAUGUCAGGUCUAUGUCAGGUCUAUGUCAGGUCUAUGACAGGUCUAUGUCAGGUCUAUGUCAGGUCUAUGUCAGGUCUAUGUCAGGUCUAUGACAGGUCUAUGGCAGCUAUAUGACAGGUCUAUGACAGGUCUAUGACAGGUCUAUGGCAGGUCUAUGACAGGUCCAUGACAGGUCUAUGACAGGUCUAUGGCAGGUCUAUGACAGGUCCAUGACAGGUCUAUAACAGGUCUAUAACAGGUCUAUAACAGGUCUAUGGCAGGUCUAUAACAGGUCUAUAACAGGUCUAUGACAGGUCUAUAACAGGUCUAUAACAGGUCAAUGGCAGGUCUAUAACAGGUCUAUAACAGGUCUAUAACAGGUCUAUAACAGGUCUAUGGCAGGUCUAUAACAGGUCUAUAACAGGUCUAUGGCAGGUCUAUGACAGGUCUAUGACAGGUCUAUGACAGGUCUAUGGCAGGUCUAUGGCAGGUCUAUAACAGGUCUAUAACAGGUCAAUGGCAGGUCUAUAACAGGUCUAUAACAGGUCUAUGGCAGGUCUAUGACAGGUCUAUGGCAGGUCUAUGACAGGUCUAUGGCAGGUCUAUGGCAGGUCUACGACAGGUCUAUGUCUGGUACCAAAACAUUUGUUUUAGGCCCAGCUCUAACAAUUUGCACUUCAGAAAAAAAGAUCCCACAUUCUCUCUCUGGUCAAAUAUAUAUUUUUUGUUACAAAAAAAAAGAAAUGAAAUCUAACCUUGAAAUACUACUAGUUUUCCCCUUGACUAUUUCCCAGGAAGAAGGUGGAAAAAAAGGCCACUGAAUCAACAUUUAAGGUCUCUUUAACCAAAAUGAAAGGCCCCGCCUUCAGGCUACAAUGGUAGGGAAAACACUGCAAUACAAACCACUGAACUAAACCUAUUGCCACUGUCAUUUAUACUGUUUCUAUGACGAUGAUGGUUCUUUUAUUUAAGAUGUUUUUUUAUUCCUAUAACGACCAUUUAUUUAUAACAAUUUAAUAAGAAAUAAUGAUUAAAUAUUUUAUGAGAUGAA